AUGCAGUUAGAGAAGAAAGAAGACAGGACAGUCACAUGUCCUUAUGCCGAAGGUCACUCUCACACAGUACCUGUUUGCGACAUGCCAUUACACUUGGCUAAAUGUCGUCGUUUAUACUACAAAAGAUAUGGUGUUAAGACAGAACUGAAAAGAUGUAAAUAUAACGGUUGCCAUUAUGUUCUUGCUCCGGAAGUGAUGCUGCACGAACUGACCUGCCAUAGUAGAACGCUGUAUCAGGAAUGCAAACGGAAGAUGACAUAUCCUCCUGUGCCACUUAAAAUCGUUACUUCUUCAAUUUAA